GAGUCAGUGUCAGUGGGGUGGAACCAUGUUGAUACAGGAACAAAUAAGCUGGGAGUUACCUCUGCCAGCAUUCUGUUCAACAUUACUCUUGUCAGCUAGCUCGCUGGAACACAGAGCAGCAAAGUGUAUUCAGCUGUUAACACUGCUAAAGGAGAAAUUACAAAGGAAUUCCUUCAGAGAACAAAAAUCCAACAGGUGAAGCUGUUGAAGAGGACAAAAGAAGUUCAAAUCUUUAGAAAUGGCACUAUUUAAAAAAUUAACAGAAUCUUUCUCAGUCAACAAACCCAACCAAGCAGACGAAGGCAGGGACCAGGUUAUGCGGGAAACAAAAAAGAAAACUCGUUUAAUGAGUGAUGAAGCAUGGAUUAAAAACAAACCAUCAGAUGAAUCACAGCAAAUGCCAACUGAUGUCAACUAUGGCAAAAGUGUACUAAGUCGAGUUAAAUCUAAUGAAGCCCUGAACAGUGAUUCAAAUAAGACGAAUGGCCUGAAGUCAACAACAAAGGCGGAUACCAUAGAUGGACGAAGAAGGGACAACAGUAGCACUACUGAUCUCAGCUCAAAACAGCGGUCUUCAACUUUGGAUAGACCUACAAGGUAUAGAACUGUUCUUUUUGUUAGCAGCUCAGAGCCAACUCAUGGGCUUGAUAAUAAAGUUGUGGUCAGCCGAUACAGAUCUGAAGAAGACCUGAACAGUGACAAAGGUAGCACCGACGUCUUCAGCCCUACAAACAAAUAUUCCAGUUUGGAAAGAAAGACCAGGACCUCUUCAUACAAUACAGAGGAAUUACCAAAAAUGACAAUAAUUACAUCUGACACAAAAACUGAAAGUCCAACCAGCAAGGGCCAACUGAGCAGACCCAGUCCUGAUGGUCAAGUAACAACACAGGAAAAAUCACCUACAAAGCCAAUUUUGAAAUGGGGUAGUCAGAAAGAAGAAACUUCUAGAAGUAGCUACACUCCAAAGAGUUCAACACUGGAACGAAAUACUUCAAAAACACCCGUGAAAGCUGAAUCUGAAAGUCUGAUUGAUCUGACACCUACCACUGAAAGUACAAGCAAGGGGUCAGAUUUUAUAUCGAAGGUUGGAAGCAAAAGCCUAAUUGAUCUUUCAAUCACUCCACAGCCAUCAAAGACAAAAAGUCCGGUUGCUACUCCAACUACUCCAGUUAGAACUUCAAGUCUGAUUGAUCUGUCACCAUCCUCUCCAGCCAAAUCUAAGAGAAACAGUGGUGAGUGGGACAAUACCAGCUAUUCCACAACUACAAGCACGAAAACAUCCUUUGACCCAACUUCAAGAAAGUCAAGGAACAGUGGAAACUGGGAUGAAUCCAGCUCAUACACCACUACAAGUACAAAGUCAACCUUCAACCCAAGGAACUCAAGUGGAGACUGGGAUGAAGUCAACUCCUACACUACAACAAGCACAAAAACAUCCUUCAACCCAAGAGGUUCAAGCAGUAAUGAGGACUGGGACAACACCAACUCCUACACCACAACAAACACAAAGACAACUUAUGAUACAAGCUCCAGGUCUACGAGUGAACAUGCUCUUCCCAAAGAUGAACCUUACAAAACACCAACUUCUUAUACCAAAUCAAGCAGGACUUUCAGCUCUAAUUCACUUAAAGAUAAAAGCCCAACUGUAAAGCCAGAUCUGUAUGAAUCUCGAUCAUCCUACAAGGAAAACAGCCCUCCAAGUGACAAUCUUAUUGACGAUGGUGAUUUAUACCAAUCUCCAAGUUAUUCAAAGAUCAGGAACUCCAGCUCAUCUCUCUCUGAUGGCAAGAGUCCUGCAAAAGUGAUAAGUUUAACCACUGCCUUCACCAGUGCUGAACAGAGAUCCUCUGAUAAAAAUAAGUGCAGCCAGUGCUACAAACCCAUCGAACACGGUGCUAGAAUGAUCUUGGAAGAUCUGAACAUUAAUUGCCAUGCAGCGUGCUUUAAGUGCCAAAUUUGCCACACCUCUCUUGAAAACCUGAGUGCUGGUGACAACUUCUGGGUUCACCAACGUGUUGUGCACUGUGAGAGAUGCUAUGAUAACGUACAGGCACAACUGUCAUACUAAAUUGAUACAUGGACGAGUUUACCAGUGUUCCAACUAUUACAAUUUCAGAUUUAUUUGGAUUAAGAGGAUAUAUUUACACUGCUUUAUGAAUUUUAGAAAAAUCUCUUAAACAAUUUAUCAUUCCCUUUUUUCAUUGUAAUUUCUGGACUUUAUUUCAAAAUAAUGGAAUACAGUUUCAAUAGUACUCUUUAUGUAUGCGUUAUAUUUUUGGGGGCAAAUUGCUACAAAAUGCCUGCAUCAAUGGAAGUGAAGUCACUGCUUUAAGAACAGCCAUGAAAUAACUGUUCCAUUUGAUCAGUAUAUCGGCGUUCCAGGAUCAAAUGUGAUUUCUUCCUCAAAAUGAUGCUCGCCAGCCUCUGCUAUUGCAAAUGGAUAACUAUUUUAUUUUCUAAGCAUUGUGUUCUACCUUUAACUAGAGAGUAGUAUCUGUUGCCCAAAUUAUAAAAGAUCUACAGAUGUGGUGUCGAAGUAGAAUGACAUGUAUUAUUAGAACUGAAAUCUUCUAUCUGUAACCUGUCUUGCAAAAACAGAUUCAGUUUUUCAAGGCAGAAUUACAUGACUUGAGAAUGUAACAGAUGCAAUAUGUCAAAAGGGCAGCCUACAUAUUACUGAGGGUGAGGCCUGUUCAUCUCUGCACAAUCCAAUUAGGCAAUAUGUGAGUUACAUUUUUUUUUGUAUUUGAAGAACUGAGGUAAAUGGUAUUGUAGGACAAAAUCUCCUUCAUAGUACUGCCAUUGCUUUGAUUAUGUGAACACCAGCCGAAUUAUCAUGACAAGAUUGCAUGUUUAAGGGCUGGCACUGUUAUAAAUUCAAUAUUUUGUUUCUGAAAUUUAACUCUUAGCUUUCAGGUAAACUUGAGAUUUGCAAAAUUCUAAAGUGUAAUUUGGAAAACAAAAAUUGAGUUCUUUAAAAUCAAGGGUUAGAAAUUUGAAAGGAACACUUAAGCUAAGCUUUCUUUUAUAUAAUUUCUGUAGGAAAUUCUGCUUUUAGGGAGGUUUAUAUUUCUAUAUAGUAAAGAAAAUCUCUAAAUGAUAUUAGCAUUUUAUUUCAAUUACUAUUGAUAUCUAUGUAACAAUCUGGGUCAGAUUUUCCUUUUGCAGUGAUAGUCUUACAGCUGAUUGUACUGAUGGAAGCGGCUGACAAGAUCAUUCAAAUAAGCUGUCCAUUGGCAUGACACAUUGUGGUGACAUUUCCACCAUGUAAUUUAUAAAUGUCAUUCUGUUUGCAGAACCACUCCUGCGGUACCAGUUUAAACAUAAUUUAGCUAAAAAAUCACAUUGUUUAUGCUUGUUUUUGCUCUUAGUAGCAACAAACAAAAUGAAUAAAUAUUAAUUUUGCAUCUUCUACCACCACAUCUAAAUCCUGCAAACAAGAGAGUCUGGCCCAUUUGUAUUUGACACUUUUUACAUAUAGCUUAGAUUUCAAUGAACAAAAAAUAUGGUUGAACCAAUUGAGAAUUAAACAGAAAGCAGAAUCAAGUGGAUCCAUCAAUUCUAUCUUUAGAAUUCUUGAAGAUUACACAUAUCACAUCAUCUAUAAAAGUGGUCUUUUAUAUUCACUGGAGAACUAACUUGUGAAACUCAAAUGGUGUUUAUUACUUUGUUGACCAAUAGACUUCACAAUUGCAUCAGGAAUGUAGGGUGAAAUAGAGGACUCUAACUUUACUAAAAUCUUUGAAAGCUCAAUCUGCCUAAUUCAAAACCCCUUGUAAUUGACAGUAAAUAUAAAUUUAAACAAAAAUUCAGUGGUAGCAGGAACAAUGCUUUGGUGGAUCAAACUAUCAUUUGUCAGAAAGUUCCCAUUCUAUAUGAAAUCUAUCUAUCAGGAAUGUGUUAACUAAAAUGAUAUGCUAUGUACUAAUGCAGGAAUAUUUAGCAAGGAAAAAUGUUGGUGCAGUGCUAUUUUGUUAAUGAACUCUAAUGUUGCGUUAAUAAAAAAGAAAGAACUGACCAAA